AAAUGACAGCUGGUUGUUUUCAUCAACAAGGGAAAUUCAAAGUAGACAUUAAAGUGUCAUGUGGUGAGCGCCUCCCAAGUCCUGCCUCUGCUGGCCUGCACAGACCAAAUCCUGACAACUGACCAAAGAGGCUCCAGCAUUUCUUCUGGGGACGUCUGUCAGCCCGAGCAGCCACUCUGGAGUAAGACAACACUCACAGAGCUGUCGAACCUGUCUUUAAUCUCCCAACAUAGACAGCCUUGUCUUGUGUACAAGUUUUGACUUUUCCGUUUUCAAUUGCACUUAAAUUGAAUGAACAAACAUGCCUCAGUGGAUCAGGCUUCUCCUGAUUUCUUUGACAGGCCAUCAUCAGCACAGAAAAAGAAGAAGACGGUGAGCAGAGACAUUGGUCAAAUCAAGGGGGACGUCUCUUCAGCUGAGGUGGAGGCUGUUCAUCGGGACGGAGCCAUGGAGCCACCGGAGUAUAAAAAUGGUCGCACCUUUGUGGAGGUGAUCAGCGAGAAGUACAGCCCAGAGAACUUCCCAUACCGCAGAGGACCCGGUAUGGGGGUGGUGGUUGUGCCCACCGUGGCUCCUCAAGGUUCCCCUAUGAAAGACCGUCUGAACCUGCCCAGUGUGCUGGUGUUGAACUGCUGUGGGAUCAGCAGGGCAGGAGACCAGGCUGAGAUCGCUGCUUUCUGUUCCCAUGUCAUGGAGCUGGACCUGUCCCAUAACAAGCUGCAGGACUGGCAUGAGAUCAGUAAAAUUGUGUCCAGCAUCCCAAACCUGGAGUUCCUGAACCUGAGCUCCAACCCUCUGGCGGGAAUGACCCUGGAGCCGCGGUGCGCCGAAGCCUUCUCCCGGGUCCGACGCCUCGUCCUCAACAACACUCAGGUGUCCUGGGACACUGUGCUGCUGCUCACUCGGGAGAUACCUGAGCUGGAGGAGUUGUUCCUGUGCCUUAAUGAGUACAGUAGUGUGAGUGCCUCCAGCGUGGCCUGCCCCACCCUGCGCCUGCUUCACAUCACCGACAACAGCCUCCAGGACUGGGCCGAAGUCCGCAAGUUUGGUCCCAUGUUCCCCAGCCUGGACACUCUGGUCAUGGCCAACAACAACUUGGCUUCCAUUCAGGACAACAAAGACAUCCUGAAACGGCUCUUCCCCAACCUCCGCAGCAUUAACCUGCAUAACUCAGGUCUAAACCGAUGGGAAGACAUCGAGAAGCUGAACUUCUUUCCCAAGUUGGAGGAGGUGCGACUGCAGGGCAUUCCCCUAUUGCAGACCUACACCAACGUGGAGCGACGCAGCCUCAUGAUAGCACAGCUUCCUGCAAUAUCACUGCUGAACGGCAGCGUUGUGUCUGAUAGUGAGAGAGAAGACGCGGAGAGGUUCUUCAUCCGUUACCACUUAGACUACCCUGAGGAGGAGCUGCCUUACAGAUAUCACAUCCUGGUAACCAAGUACGGGAAGCUGGAACCACUUGCCGAGAUUGACCUCCGACCCCGCUGCCGUGCGCAGGUGGAGGUUCACUGUGAAGAAAAAGUGGAACAGCUGAACAUCCGUUUGGACCAGACAGUAGCUGAGCUGAAGAAGCAGCUGACGACAGUGGUGCAGCUCUCCGCCAACAGCAUGAGGAUCUACUACAUCGACAAGUGUAGCGCCUUCGGUCCAGAGGAGAUGAAGUACAACACCCGGGCUCUCCACUCCUACAGCAUCCAAGACGGUGAUGAAAUACUGGUGGUACCCAAGGCCAAAUGAACAGCGGGUAUCAAACUGGCUGAUUAGAGUGACUCCUUGAUUGAUUGAUUCAUUGGAUUAUUUAUUUAUUGGUUAAAUGACAUUGCAAAAUUAUUGGAAAACGCAUAUGGAACAGCAUCCGCGGCCCAGUUGUUGGAGUGGAGAAGUUAAAAGUGAGGUGAACACCAUCAGGGAGACAGUACAGUGGACUACAGUGGGCUGCUGGGAGGCUCUGGCUGGAGAAGCAGUCAGUCUGGAGAGUAUUGUGUCUUUAUUUAUUUCAGCUUUACAUGAGGGCAUCCACCGGAGCAAAUGCACAAAUCUGUCACGGUGGAGAACAGGCCGAGAGAGCAACUCGCAGUCAGCUUGCAGCUUAAGUGGAGGGGAGGGUGCUGCUAUUACCAGCAAAGCUUUGCUGCAGAUCUAUCUCUUAGUACACGGCAUGUACCAUAGCACCUGCAUAGGCAAGCAUCCAACACCACUGGCUUGCCCACUUAUUGCAAAGGCUACCCCGAUUAGUGGUGAAGCAGUGCUGCUGGACGGAGAGGGACUGCUGUUCUCAUCUGCACUUUUACUGUAGGCAGAAUAUCAGGAAGAGCAGUGUCUGUUAAAGGAAACAUCCGGCCUAAAAUACUGCUAAAUGUAGAAGCUGGGGGGGGAACUAGCAGUUUUUGAGCCUAUUUUGUUGUGAGUUGGUGUUUUCCAAGUAUUUCUGUGGAUAAUUGGCAACAUUAGAAGAUGAUACGUCACAUUUAAAGUGUUUGGCACAAGGAGAAAGGGAUUCUUUCUGUACACAACAUCUCUUUUAAAUCCUAAUAGCAGUGGUUCUCAAACGUUUCCCCCCUUCAGAGGCUAAACCAUUUUUAUCAAUCAUUAACGAUCACCUCUUUUAGACAGAGAUCCUGGUAUAUUGUCGUUAAGAACUCCCCUCGUUACACAGACUUUGCUUGUUUACACUGAAUCAAAGAAAGCCGACAUAAGCCCCUGUGUGUGAUUUUAAAUAACAUGUCGGUGUUCUUAAAAUCAGAAAUCGGAGACGUGACGUGUAACACAGCGGCGUCAGCUCUCCCUUCUACACAGACGUCAGUUCAGCUCCGU